UGCACGAGCAGCGAACCAGGGACGGCAGGAUUAAAUUCACAGGCGUCACCAGUUUAUUUUGUAGUGUAGAAAUCGUACCAGCGCUCUUUGAUUGGGUGCCUUUGAUGUGUGUCUGAAGUUUCAUUUCAAGUUUCGACUAAUGCAUUCUUGAAAACAAGCCAAACUGAAGUGUAAGCCCUAUGCAAAAUGUCGAACUGAACGCAAUCCCAGCACUUCAUUGAUGCAGCUUCAGAAAAAAAAAGACAAAAUAUGUGCCAUGCCCAAAGGAAAGGAAGGCAAAGGGACAAAGGUGGACCUCAAGACUGCCAGGAAGGCUAUACGGAUGACACCAGAUGGACAUCGCAGACUCACCCUCAGCAACAUGGGUAUCACCAUCUUCCCAAAGUGCCUCUUCAAACUGACCAACGUGGACGAGUUGGACCUCAGCCGCAAUCAGAUAAAGACUCUUCCAGAGAGCAUUGGGAAAUUAUUGUCACUCAGAUGGCUCGAUCUACACAGCAACAAACUGGAGUCCGUGCCGGAGUCCAUCGGCAACCUGGACGCACUGACCCACCUCAACCUCUCAAACAACUACCUAACCUCGGCAGGUUUACCAGCCGCACUGGGUUUUCUCACCUGCCUGAGGAGUCUCAACCUGGGGAUGAACCAGCUGGACACUCUACCUCCCACCAUGGUGGCUCUAGACGGCCUCCAAGAGUUGGGCCUGUUUGACAACCGCUUCGUCAAGCUCCCAGAGUGUCUGAACGUCCUACGAAACCUCACUAAGGUGAACAUGAAGCGAAAUCCUCUGAAGUUUGCUCAGGGUGACACUAAGGAAAAAUCUGAACCGGUGGAGGAAAUUUUCCUGGUACACGAGGGCACCUUGUGUCGGCCAUGUCUUAAAAGAUGUAAGCACUGGAAAAUGUUUGCGGGAGGAGGAGGAGACGGAGGAGCAGGUGACAUGUUUGGAGCAGGCGAUAUGUUUGAGGACAAAAGGAUAAGGACUUAUACAGGACUGAUGGUGCCAAAGUCAGUAGCUGCAGUCAACCAGGAUGUGUGGAGAAUAAGAGAGACAGUCAAGUAACCAAAGAGCUGCUGACAUAAUCUUUAUAAUCUACAGAACAAAUGGAACACCUGUGAUUUUUUUGGCAGCCACAAAAAUUGUAAUUAUGUGUGCAUCAUAUCUAGCUAUAUGUCACUCAACUAUUCUUGUAGGAGCCAAAAAUCAUUAUUUGCAGUUUGUUAUAUACUUUUGUUUGAGUUAACCCCAUCUAGUGGCUGUUGUCUGGGCUGGAUGCAGAUAAGGGCCAGGGAGGCUGACUGGAGGUGUGGCUGGAGCAGGAAGACACCCUGUGGUGGCAUUGUCAAUUUUGCUUAGGAAGGUUCCUAAGUGACUGAAAUGAGUAUUUCAUGGGCAGCCAUGAUAAGAGCAUGAUAAGGAAAGGUGCUUCAAUGCUUCCUUUCCUAUCUCCAUUAGCACUGGACCUCCUAUGCGAAAGGAAAGGAGAAAUAGACAUCCCACAUCCAUAGUGGCAGCAAUAUUUAACGUGACGCGCCAUGCACAAACUUAAAACGAUUACAUUCAAAGAAAAAGGAGAGUAUGAAUAUGACCGAGAAGGGACGCAAUUCAUCAUGUAAGUUGCCGUUGCCUAUUAAGCAUUUCCAUCUUAUGCCAUUCGGUGGUAAUAUUCUCUGAAAAAUGCUGGGUUGAGCCGCUGCACUUUUUGUAGCCCAUCUUCAGAAAUGUGUAGUUUCACCACGGCAGAUGCAGGUCAAUAACAUCCGUCGUCACAUAAUAUUGCGUAAUACAGUGUAAGUGGAGUCUCGAUUCUCUUAGCACUGCUGUCGGCUUUUCCUAAGCCCUUUGAGUCCUCCGUUACACCUUUCCUUGACCUCAUGACGAGUUCCAUGGAGGUUAAGGAAAAGUGGUUAGGAAAAGGCGACCAACAGUCUUAGACCUCAGAUCCUCAGGCCUUGCCCACCACAGACUCUGUCCCUGCUUUAUUUUUGUGAAUAGUUUUAAUCUUUAGAAUCCUAAUUUUCAAAAAGUCUUUUAUCCUCUGCGUGUUAUAAUUAUGUAUGAUUCAUAAUAAAUUGUGCAUUCUUUUUUGGACAUCUUUCUGUUGACCUUGUAUUGCUUUUGUUGUGUUGAGUUAGACUUCUUUUUGGUUGUUGUCAAAAGGACGAAAGAAAUAAACCACUACAAUUCUUGAUGUACUUUUCAUUUCAGUAGAUGAAAUAACAAAAAUGAUCACAUGUAACUGUCUCGGAAUAAUAUUGUUGAUAUUGCUGUUGUGAU